AUGGCGAUAGUGGUGAAACCAUCGCGGUCGCAGACGGCUCAGGCACAGAAAAGUGGCAACAAUAAGCCACAAAUGCUGCCACAUCUAUUCGGCGAGAAAGAUGAGUUUGAAGAUCCCUCACUGUGGGUGGCUGUGACUACGUACCUAGCUUAUGCGACCUUGAUCGUAUUCGGCCACCUCAGAGAUUUCUCACGGAACUGGGGAAUCGAGGUCACGCAUGUGGCAAAGGAGAAGGGAAAUAAGGUGUGCUAUGCAUGGUGUGUCGUGGGUACCGGAUUUGGUUGCCACUUUGAGGGGUAUUCUCUGCUUGUGCAACGGUCAUGUAACUUAACUGAAGUUACACUUAGAGCUGACUGGAGUAUGUCAUGA